AUGAAAUCGCCAGUUUUGGUUUGCGAAGCUGUAACAAAUGCUCAGUUGCAAGCUAGCUUGAAUAACGCGAUUGAAUGUUCUGAAGAUAAAGAAAACCAGCAAAAAAGAUUUCCAAUUAUGGAUAAACAAGAAAUUUUAGUCGAUGAAGGAUGGAGGUUAGUCACAACUCGAAGUAAAAGGCGGAAAAGUGGUAGUGGUUAUUCAGCCGAAUCAAGUGACAAGCAAUUAAAUAAAAAUGAGCAAUUAAUGCAAAAACGUUCAACGAUGAAUGUCUAUGAACGUCUUGCAAGUGGUGUUUUACGACCACCAAAUUUAACUCAGCGUACUGUCAUACAAUCUGACGAGGUGCCAUCAGGUGGACGAGGUUUAAUGUUUCCACGAUGCGCAAUGGAUCUGCCACAAACAAAGGCAUCAAUGGCUAAGAUUGCAUAUAGCCGACAGCUUCUGUGGAAGAAACAUCAAUCAUUGCUUGUAGAAAAGUUGCAAAAACGUCGUCGGCGAGAUUUUCAGUAUUCUCGAAAAACUGUUUCUGUACCAUCGUUAUCAGCCAUUAAUUUCGCUGAUCCUAUAGCAGUAAAGCGCAGCGCAGAAGCAUUUAAAAGUCGGCAGAAAGUAAAUCGAUUAGCGACUUCGAAAAUUUCAAUCAGUCAUGAUAAGGAACAAAAGGAUUUUGAAAGUAUUGAAGAAGUCCUUAUUGAGAGUGAAGACGAUCGUGAAAAUCAUUGUGGGCAAAAUAAAUGCUUACCAACAGAAAAAUGUAGUAGGUCUGAACCUCCACCUAAUUUUUCAUUCUUACCCGACGGUAUGGAUGCGGAUGACGAGUGGCGAGCAAUGACCGAAGAAGAAAAUUCCCUUGUUCAAGAGGAGCAAAGCUUGAAAAAAGAAAUUGAAGAGGAAGAAAAUCUUUCAAUUGAUGCAGAAUUGGAACGUCAGGUAUCGAAUGAAGCUGCAGCUGUCGAGGAAAUGGAGAGAAUGGAGGAAACGAAAGCUGAAAAAAAGAUUACAUUGGUCACAUGGCAAGAUGUUAUCAACAACUGGAAAAAAGAAAUGGAAAAAUAUGCUUCAAUAAGUUGGAGUGAAAUAGUAGAACGAGAAAUAACUCAUUAUCGAAAACCCGGUGAACUGGCGCAAAUUCACGAAAAGUUGUCAUCACCUAGCAGAAAAAGGAAUCUAGAAAAUGCCACUAAAAAACAAGAAGAGAGACAACAAAGAGCCGAAGAAUUGAGGCAAAAAUUGCAGGAAGAAAAAGCAAAUCGUUUGAAAGAUUUAUCGAACAAAGUUGAAGAAGUACGUCGUAAACGUGAAUUACUUUUUGAACGUAAAAAGGAACAUUUACAAAAGCGGAUGGCAAAAGCCGAAGAGAAUCGUCAGAAAAGUCUUGAUGAGAUAGUAAAAAAAGCUCGUGAUGAUGAUGUGAAAGUCAUGGAAAUUCAAUUUAUAAAUGCACUCGAAGCGGAUAAUAUGCGUUAUGACGUAAUGGCAAGAAAUCAAGAAUGGGAACAACGCAUGCAAACAUUGGCUGAAGAGAGAGCAAAGAAAAAUGGUGAAAAGGCAGCCAAGGAAAGUGCUGCUGAAGAACGUAGACGAAACGCGGAAAUCCAACGCACUGAGAAAUUGCUAGAGAAGCGUGCGCGAAAAGCGCAGUGCGAAGUACAGCGUUUAGAGCAAGAACGUGAACGAGUAACUGCCGUUAAGAAGAAGCAACAAGAGGUCAGCGAGCGCGUUGCAGAAAAAAAAGCAAUUGAGGCCGCUGAAAAUGAAAAGCUGAGGCAAAAAAUUCAACGAAAGCAAGAAGAAACGAGACGUCGAUACGAGAAUGCAUUGAUUCAUGUAAAACAGAGAGCGGUGGAAUUAAGUAGUCCACGGCCAUUCGAUUCGCUGUCCAAUAUUGCUGAUUUCUGUCAUUUAUUGUCGGAAGAACCAUAUGUGAAUGGUGUUGUUGCUGCUGCUUAUAAAAGUUGCAAAAUUUGCGAUGUUCAAGUGAAAAGUGAUCUGGAUUUAAUGGCACAUUUACUAUCUUCUUGUCAUUUAUCAAAGAAAAAUAUGGAUAUUAUGAAUGUCACGAACGAAAUUUUGAAGUCUGAUCUAGAAAAUUGCAUAAUCAAUGUUGAUAUGGAGGAUUAUCAAUGCACGAGUAUUGGACUAAAUGAUGAUUCGCCUAAAUCAUCAACUGGCAUAAAAAAACGACGUAAUCGUAUAAGGCAAAAAUUAAUUACGAAAUCAAAAAUUUAUGAAUCAUUAAUCAAUCGAUCAAAUGAUCUUGAAUCAUUUCUUGUUGGCACUGAAAAAACCAGUGCCGAUCGUUGUAUCCGAGAAAUUUCGAAAAUUUUGAAGGAAACAUUACAAGAGGUAUUUAUUCAAGAAUGCUGCAAUGGUAUAGUGCAAAAUAACUGUAUUGGCAAAUCGUUACCGUCAUCGAGUGUUCAUACUCUCGAAAGGAAUUUUUCUGAUCUGUUGAAAACUUUUCAUGAGGCUACUUUGGAAAAGCGAAAUGCAAUGAUCAAAAGUAUAUGGAAUGCUGGUUUAAUUGAUACUUUUUUGGCACUAAUUUCAUGCUGCUCUUCCGGUGAAACAAUCAUACCUUCAAGAACUUAUUGCAAAGUGGUAUCGAUUUUAACCGAUUUAUUGGAAAAUGUUCAUGUUUUCCUGAGGAUUUUCUACAGCAAUCGCAUUUUAGUGCUUAUUGAUGCAUGUAGUAUCAAAUUAAAGCUAUUAAUAGCGCGAGUACAAGGCUCCGAGCAAGUGAAAACCAUCGCUUUAGGCGAUUCUUGUAAUCGUUUCUUAAUUGAAUGUUAUUUAUUGCAUAUUCUUCUUGGGCGUUUAUUUAAAUUACUCCCUUUUAUGAAAUGUUCUUUAUCGUUGAAAAAUUUUCUUGAAGAUGGAGAAAACGAGCUGGACCGAGCGAAGUUAAUUAUGUCUUUGCUUGCAACAAAUGGCUUCGGGCAUUCAUUUGCUUUUUUCAUUGAACAAACGGGUAUUUCUUCUUAUUUACCAUGGUUAUUACAAUUGGACAGCGAUAUUGUUGUUGUGCCGUAUACAUUUUUUACUCAAAUUAUUCUUAAUUUUGUUGAAGUUUGUUCAUUAUAUGGAAUAAAAAGCUAUCGGGAAUCUUCUCCGGAUUCAGUAUGUGGUGAUACUUCGGAAAAGAAUAUUUCUCUUAUCGCAAGUCUUGUCGAGCCAACUUUGCGACGCCUUAUUUGCCGAAUUUAUUCGAUGCUUGCUUUGGAGAGUGCUUGUGAAUCAAAUUCGUCCACUACACACGCUAGCAUAUCAGCGAAAUCAGUUAUCAGCCAGCGAGAUGAAUUUGAUCCUUUCCAGCAACUUGUUUUAUCAUUCAGUCGACUUUGGUGUGUUCUUGUUAGGCAUGAUCCAACUGAAGCUAAGAGUUGUAUCUUGGAUAAUUCAUUGUCACUUCGAAUGGUGCAAAUUUGGGCCCAUCUUCUAGCACAAGCGGAAAAAAAUUUACAGUCAUUGACUAGUGGAACAUUGAAGAAAUCCGAAAAGCAGAAAUUCACAGAGUCUUUACAUCUUUUGAUUUUUGCAAUUGGUUAUUUUGCUAGUGUGCAUCCUCAUGCCCAAAUCAUGUGUGUGCUUGGUUGGCAGCGCUCAUUAUUGACAUAUCUGUGUUCCUUGCCAUUUGUUUAUUUUUCAAACAGCGCUCUAACAGCAAUUUUAAUGCCGACAUUAAUUGCAAUUUGCUUUCAAAAUAAACUUGCAGUUGAUUUAAUAAAGCCAACACUUAGUACCAAAGUGUUCGAAACUUUUCUUAAGGAUGCAGACUUUGCUACCAUCCCUGAGAAUAUGCGUUUUCCGAAGAAAAUUUGGCCAGAGGCUAUUAUUUAUUUUCAGGCCGUUUAA